CUGGUCACACUGCUGCCCUUUGGAAUUCCAAUUGGAUUUUUGUGCAAUAUUAAAAGUACUCAAAGUUACUUAAUAGCUUAAGUACAGAGAUUAAUUAAAAAUGAAGCCGGCCUUGAAGACGAUUAAUGCCACAGGAAAACACACUGCCUCCGUGAUAUUCUUCCACGGAUCCGGCGACACCGGCCCGAAUGUUCUGGAAUGGGUGCGCUUCCUUUUGGGAAGGGAUCUGGAGUAUCCGCACAUUAAGAUCAUCUAUCCCACGGCGCCCAAGCAGAAGUACACCCCGCUGGACGGGGAUCUGUCCAAUGUUUGGUUCGACCGCAAAUCCGUGAACAUUGCCGCCCCGGAGAGCAAGAAGAGCAUGUCCCAGUGCUACGAGGCAGUCAACCAGCUCAUCGAUGACGAGGUGUCCAGCGGAAUCCCGCUAAAUAGGAUCAUUGUGGGCGGAUUCUCCAUGGGCGGGGCAGUGGCCCUGCAUACGGGCUACCAUUUGAGACCCAGUUUGGCCGGCGUAUUUGCACACUCCUCGUUCCUGAAUCGCGGUUCCGUUGUCUACGAAUCCCUGGAGAACAGUAAAGCGGAUUCCCUUCCCGAACUGCGAAUGUUCCACGGGGAACGGGAUACACUAGUUCCGCAGGACUGGGGCCUUGAGACUUUUGAAUCCCUUAAGAAACUGGGCGUCCAGGGCACAUUCCAUCCGCUGAGGAACACUCUGCACGAACUGAAAACCGCCUCCAUCACGGAUCUUCAGAAAUGGAUUCUGGAAAAGCUGCCUCCGUUGGAAAACCAAGUGCAAAACAAGCUCUAAGUGUGUUUGGCAUGAAACCCAUGCAAUUUGGAGCAGCGCAGAGGCAAGUCUUUCCAUCUGUUACCUUUUUAUACUGCCCCUCUCCGCCGUAAUGAAAGCACAGCUCCUCCUG